AUGGGCACGCAUCUCACGUCGGAUCCCGCCGCGACGCCCGUCUCUCCGCCGCUGCAGGGCUAUCCCACUCAGCCCCUCGCCGCGAGUGUCCCCGUGUACGGCAUGCCGCAGCCGACCUACGCCGCGCCGCCGCCGCUGCCUUCCCCUGCUUCGGUUGGCCUCUCGCCGUAUCCCUCGCCGGGGCAGGCGGUUCCGCAGCUACCGGGACCGCAAGCUUACCACGCUACGACGCCCGAGCCGACGACGACGACGCCGUCACCGCACAUGUACAGCUACAGCUACAGCCACAGCCACAGCCCGUCACCGCUGUAUUCAUGCACGAAUGCUUCUUAUCCGGGGCCCCAGUACGUGCCACCGCCUCACCCACCCGGCUUCUCGUAUCCCGGCCCCUACUACCCACCUCAACCGACGUAUGCCUUUCCGGAUGGCCCUGCUCCGCCUCGUCUCGCGAUAUACCCACCGCCGCUACCCCCCCGAUCGGCCCCUGGACUGUUCGCCCCGGGCUUCGGGUCCGACCCGCGCAACGCCAUGCCGUACCCGCCGCCGCCCAAGACGCUGUACACGCCGCCGCCGCUCCCUGCCGGCCGGCCGCGCACCUCGUCGAGCAGCAUGUUCAGCAGCUCGUCGGCGCGGAGAUGGCUAGACAAGACGAGCCAGAUGCUAGAGAGCAAGCUGGACGAGGUGCUGCAGGGGCCGCAGGGACCUCCUCACCGACCUGCGUACGGCCCUCCACCCGGCUCGCACAUGCCGGCGCCGGCGCCGGGGCACGGAGGGUACCGGGGCGGAUCGUGGGGCGGUGGAAGCUACAGAUAUGCAUAG